AUGCAUUUCUCUCUCUCCACAGUAGCGGCGGCUGCGGCUCUGCCUCUCCUCGCAUCAGCACAGUUGAACCAGUUGGCGAAAGCAGCAGGGAAACUGUAUUUCGGGACAGCGACCGAUAAUGGCGAGUUGGGAAAUGAGCAAUAUGUCAAAAUUCUUAGCGAUACCAAGGAGUUUGGACAGCUUGUGCCGUCCAAUGGGCAGAAGUGGUUUGCCAUUGAGCCCGAACUAGGUGUUUUCAACUUCACCUAUGGCGAGGUAGUCACCAAGUUGGCUAAGAAGAACAAGCAAAUGCUCCGCUGCCAUAACCUAGUCUGGCACUCGCAGCUUGCUCCUUGGGUCGACUCCCUGACCUGGUCCAAAAAGAACCUCACCGAAGCGCUAAUCCGCCAUGUAACCGCGGAAGCCAAGCACUGGAAAGGCCAAUGCUACGCCUGGGACGUCCUGAACGAAGCCCUCAACGAAGACGGCACCUACCGCAAUGACACCUUCCUCCAAGUCCUCGGGCCCUCGUACAUCGAAAUAGCUUUCCGCGCAGCUGCCGCCGCCGACCCACAUGCAAAGCUUUACUACAACGAUUAUAACAUCGAGUCACCCAAUGCCAAGAGUGCUUCCGUCAGGAAGAACAUCGUGGGGAUGUUGCAGAAGGCGGGAGUGAAGAUUGAUGGUGUGGGGUUGCAAAGCCAUUUCAUUGUGGGGAGCACGCCGACUAUUGACGAGCAGAUUAGCACGAUGAGGUCGUAUGAGAAGAUGGGUAUGGAGGUCGCCAUUACCGAGUUGGAUGUUAGACUGGAGGAGCCUGAGACGGCGGCGAACCUAGCGCAGCAGAGCCUUGAUUAUAAGAGUUCCGUGGGGGCUUGCAUGCAAGUUGAUGGAUGUGUUGGGAUUACCGUUUGGGAUUUCUGGGAUCCGGUCUCCUGGGUUCCAGAUGUCUUCACCGGCUUCGGAUCAGCCACUCUGUACUUCGCAAACUUCACCAAGCAUCCAGCAUACUAUGGCGUUGUAGAGGCCCUGAAGAAUAAUACUGGGAAAGGCCAUCAUCCUCACCCCGGUCACAAUGGCAAUGGCGACCACCAUGGUGGCCACUAA